GGCGAAAAUCUCGGUUGAAUGCACCAAGGACCUUCAGGACAUAUAUAAACGUCGCUGAACAGAGCAGAACUUGCACUUAGCGAAAAUGCCUCCCAAGAAAUACAUGAGAAAAAGCUUCACUUAUAGUUCGCUAACCAGGCGCCCCGCCCGCAAGUCCAAACCCUCCGAUCCUCAACAAACCCCAAAUCCAGUUCAAGAAUCACUUCCCUCUAUUCUUGAAACCCCAUCAAAUUCAAGCCUUAAUUUACCCCAUGUCGAAGAAAUUACACCCCCAUUUGCUGAGUCACACCAAACCCAAAUUAACGAGAGAACAAUUAAUAGCAAUGUUCAAGAUUCGCUGCGCUCUAGGCUCGUCCCUACCAAUCUUGAAACCCCAUCUCAAUCAACCCCUAAUUUAGCCCAUUCAGAUGAAAUUACACCCCCAGUUAAUAGUAAUGUUCAAGAUUUACCGCCCUACGCUGUUGUUAGCCCUAAUCUUGAAACCCCAUUUCAAUCAAACGCCAAUUUGGUCUGUUCUGAAGAAGUUACAGCCCCGGUUGAUGAGUUAGCUCAGGACCUAAUUAAUGGGAGAAAUAUCAAGGGUGAUGAUCAGGGUUUUAGUGAGACAGUGUCUCGGGCCGCGGAAAGUCCUGUUGAAUUAAAACGAGUUAUUCUGGUUGAGAAAGAAUCGGGGGAUGAUGGUGGUGGGGGUGAAAAAAGUGGUGCGGAAACGGAGGCGAUAGAUGGGGUGAAAAAGAAGAAGACUAGGAUUGUUAAGAGGGUCGUUAAGAGGAUUGUCAAGAGGAAAGUGCUUGAAAAGGUUAAUUAUCAGCAGACUGAGGAGGGGAAUCAAGAUUUGGGCAAUGGAGUAGUUGGUGAUGUUAAAAUUAUGAGCAAUGAGUGUGCCAAUAUGGCGGGUGAGAAUUCUAAUUUAAAGAUGGUUGAGUCUGUGGAUGUUGAAAUUAGUGAUCGAAAUAAUGAUGUUGUUGGGAAGUCUGCGGAUGGUUAUGAGUCUAAACCAACAUGCAUUGUGUGGUCAGAAGCUGAGAAUUGUGGUGUUGUUAGUGAAAUACAAAAGGAUUUGGAGGGUUUUAAACUUGUUAAAAAUCGUAGAGAGUCUCAUUGUCCUAGUCCUGAUGCCGUGACAGUGCAUAAGGAUACUGAGAGUUGUGUGGAAGGGAAGGUGAAUUGCUCAUCGACCAAAAAUUUAUCUAAAGUUUCAGGUUUAGAUUGUGUUGUGACCAGUUUUGUAACUGGGACUCAUUUGGAAGAUCAUAUUGUCAAUCAUGUGCAACAACAAAAUCAUGGCUGUGUAGUUGAAAACCGCUUGGAUUCAGAAAGUGGGAAUUGCAAGCAAGAGGAGGGUUUUAAAAUCAACUUGGAGCCGGAAACUAAGGAUUGGGAGCAAGAAAAGGUGGUUAAAAAUAGUCAGGAAAUUACAGCCCCAGUUGUUUUUAAUCUUGAAAUACCAACUCCUGUUGAAUUAAAACGAGAAACCCUGGUUGAGAAAGAAAUGGAGAAUGAUAGUGGUGGGGGUGAAAAAAGGGGUGCGGAAACAGAGACGGAAAAUGUGGGGAAAAAGAAGAAGACUAGGAUUGUGAAGAGGAUUGUCAAGAGGAAAGUGCUUAGAAAGGUUAAUCAUCAGCAGACUGAGGCGGUGACUCAAGAUUCAGGGAAUGGAGUAGUUGGUGAUGUUAAACUUGUGAGCAAUGAGUGUGUUAAUAUGGCAGUUGAAAAUUCUAAUAUAAAGACCGUUGAGUCCGUGGAUGUUGAAAUGAGUGAUCGAAAUAAUGAUGUUGCAAUGCAAACUGGACAUUGUGAAUCUAAUGAUGUUGUUGGGAAGUCUGUGGAUGCUUCUGAGUCUAAGGCAACAUGUAUUGUAUGUUCGGAAGCUGAGAAUUGUGGUGUUGGUGAAAACAACUUGGAGCCAGAAACUAAGGAUUGGGAGCAAGAAAAGGGGGUUGAAAACAGUCUGGAAAUUGGAAGUGAGGAUUGCAAGCAAAAAGAGGGAGUGCACGGUAAAGAGCAAUGUUGUGACUCUGCUGAAAUGAAGGCAGAGACAUCAGUAGGCGAUACAAUACUGAGUGGGGAAAUGGGAGCACUAGAGCGGCGUAGGAGGCGGAGAACAGAAAUUUUUGUUGGUGGAUUGGACAAGGAUACAAGGGAGGAAGAUAUUAGAAAGAUAUUUGAAGUAUUGGGAGAGAUUAAAGAUGUCACAGUGGUAAACAGUAGUAAAACCAAAAAGAAUGCAUAUGCAUUUGUGCGCUACAAUCUAGCGGCUGAUGCCAAGAAGGCUUUGAUUAAAUACCGCAAAGUUGAGAUAUGCGGAAAGCUUUGCGGGACGUCACCGGUUGAGGGUAACGACACAUUGUUUCUUGGUAAUCUCAACAAGAAAUGGAAAAGUGAUGAUGUAACUAAACUGUUGCAGGGGAUUGGUGUUAUGAAUAUAGAUCAUGUUACUGUCAUGCCUGAUCCUAGCAACAUUGAGGUUAAUCGUGGAUUUGCAUUUCUUGAGCUGGAGUCACAUAAAGAUGCUCAAAAUGCAUUCAAGAAACUUCAAAAAAGGGGUGUAUUUGGGAAGCACCUGAAUAUAAAAGUUGUGUGGGCUGAACCCCUAAUUGAGCCAGAAGAAAGUGAGCUGAGUACUGUGAAAUCAGUAUAUGCCGAAUACUUGCCUUCCUCUUGGGACGAAGAAAAAGUGAAAGAUUGUUUCAAAAGAUUUGGUGAUAUAGAAAAUGUUGCUCUUGCCAGAGAUAUGCCAUCAUCUCGGAGAAAAGACUACGCAUUUGUAAACUAUACAACUCGUGAUGCUGCUCUUGCUUGUGUUGAAGCAUUCAGAUUCAGUCAUGAACAAUCUAAUGACGAGGUCAAGAUCAAAGUUUCUCUUGCUAAACCAAUUCCGAGAGUUGUCAAAAGCUUGCAGGGAAGUAGAAUUACGAGUAAUCUUCCCAGCAGUAAUUAUGACAAAAUGAUAGUGGAUCAGAGGUCUUCUAUGACUUCUGACCUCUUACAACUAUUGAGGGAACAAGCAUCAACGAGGCUGACAAAUCCUAGUUUAACUACAGGCUCUGUUGAUCGUCAACAUUCUUAUUCCCUACCUGAAAAGAAGCGUCCAUUUCCUGUACAGGGAGAUGGUUUACAUUUUUCAGAUCCCAGAGGGCAUCCCCGAGCACGGGUAGAAGGAUCUUACCCAGUAACAAAUCCAAGUGUUCCUAGAGGUGGUGUUAGCUUGACUUGUCUUCCACAUCACCAACAGACAGCUGGUUAUAUAUCUAGACCAGUUUAUGGGAUGGAACGGCAUCCUUGUUAUCCUCAGCCAAGACAAAGAGCUCCGUACCAUGGAAAUAGGGGUACAUCUCAAAGAUAUUGAGUUGGUUAGGAGUAAACAAAAGAGAUGCGCAGGAUACUAGCUGUUUGUUGACAGUGACUUUGCCUGAAUUUUAUCUUGGAGAGGAGAUUGUUUUUUUUUUUUUUUUUUUUUUGUAAAAAUCCAGUGCUCACAUGCUUCCUCCUGAUGGCGAUUGUAAAGGAUGUGCUAGUCUAGCAUCUGCUCUGAGCAUCUCUUAAAGCAUUUUUCUUCUUUUUUUUUUUGGAUUCUUACAAUUGAUUUGUGCAGAACGUUAUUUAGCAGCAAAAAAAAAUGUUGUGCAGAAUGUUACUGUGCUUUUGUAUAUGAUGUUUAUUGACAAGCUGAACCUAGUUCUUUGACCUCAACAAAGGUAUAGUAAUCUUAUAAUGACCAAUCCAGUAUUCAGUUUGAUGGAUGAGGAUGUGUGAACAGUAAUUUGAAACUUUCCGGAGUUGAAAGGAGAAGCCUACUGGCUACUCAUAUGCCAGCUCCUCUCGUAGACCAAUGCAGUUUUUAUGAAGCAUGUAAUCGCUUGAGUUGAUCAAUUAAGAGGAUUGGUUAGAGCUAAAGUUAUAUUGAGAGUUGAUCAGUCAAGAGGGUUGGUUACUUCUGAUGCUAUUUUUGAGUUCGAUGAUUCGAUCGGGUUGGUUAGCAGCUGAGGUUCAUAUUGAGUGGAGGUGGCACAAGGGAAGUCUAUGUUCAGUUGAGGUUCAUACGUGAAUUUGGGCGGAGGGGUUAAAGUUUAUAUUCAGGGUUCGUGGGCUUAGGCGGAGGUAAUGGUACAAAGUGAAUCAGGGAAAUAUCAGGCUCGGGCUCCAUUUAUUUUAUUUACAUGAAAAUAAAUUAAUUUUGAAAAAUAUGUUCCGGAAUAUAGAUUCUUGGGUUUUUUUAAAAGAAAUUUCCUGGAAAUUAUUUUUUUUCAUUUAACUAUCCUUAGAAAGUAAUUAUAAAAUUCGGUAAAAAUGAUGAAUUUGAAAUCCUUCUUUGAAAGGGAAAUCAUUUUACAGGAAGUCAUUACUUUACUAAUGAAGUCUAUUACUUUGACGAUUAUUUUAUUUGUUAGGGAACAAAAAUACACACAAACGUUUUCAAAUAGUCUGUUGGAUUUUGGAUAAACCAAACUAUCUAGCUCUGAGCAGAACAGGCUACCAUGCUCCAAUUUUAAAAGAGGACGAUUCGAUAACAGUCUAUGAUUUUCACAGAUUUUAUGAUGGCCAAUAUUAUCAAUGACCGGCUGCUUUCCAUUGACGAAGUGAAAAGACGGAAGACUUUCAGGCUUCAGCUAACUAUAUAAAAGAAUAAUGCACAAACGGGACUUUAAAUUUGAUAUAUUGAGGUAAACCAACACUCAGAACUUGAAGGCAAGGCCCGAAUGGAUGACAUAUCAAAUAUAUAUUAGGCACAACCAAAACGUGUAAAAACAAGGAAACAAAA